AUCAUAUGUCAAAAUGUGUUUCGUUGCUUCCGUUCGUUACUAUGUCUUAGCAUCAGGAAUGCAAAAAUUAAUUUAAUAUUUAUUUAUUUUUAUUGUGCAUGGUUAUAUUGUGUUGUUAUUCAUUAUAUAUAAAAUGGCAGAAGAAGUUAUAAUACAUGAACCAACAAAAGAACAAUGUGGUGAAAUUAAAGCCAUAGCUAGGGACACUGUGCAUAGGAUUUGCUCUGGCCAGGUUGUGCUUACUCUGGCGGUGGCUGUGAAAGAGCUUGUAGAAAAUUCCAUCGACGCCGGUGCAUCGCUUAUUGAAAUUAAACUUCGGGAACAAGGUUUAGAAUCUUUGGAAGUUAGUGAUAAUGGUUGCGGAGUUCGUGAAAGUGAUCUCGAAGCUAUGACCGCCAAAUACCAUACAUCAAAGAUAAAAGACUUUGUUGAUUUGCAAAACGUUGAAACGUUUGGAUUUCGCGGGGAAGCACUUAGUUCCCUUUGCGCUUUGUCUGAUUUAUUUGUGCUUACAAGACAUGCCUCACAAGAUGUUGGUGUUCGUCUGGAACUCGAUCAUGAUGGUAAAAUAAAAAAGCGCACCCCUUGCGCUCGUGGUGUAGGUACUACGGUUACAUUAACAAACUUGUUUGUGACGCUACCUGUAAGGCGUCGCGAUUUUACGCGUAACGUUCGCAAAGAGUUCAACAAAAUGUGUCAAAUUUUACAGGCAUAUUGUUUAGUUGCGCGAGGUGUUCGCAUAAUUUGUACUAAUCAGAAUGCGAAAGGUGCUAAAAUGGUAGUUAUGCAAACACACGGAACUCAGGAUGUUCUAGCAAAUGUGGGUGCAGUUUUCGGCAAUCGUCAAGCUUCCGAGCUUUUGCCUUUAAAGUCGAUCUUCUGCGGGGACCAGGUUUUAACCGAAAAAGGCUUACAAGCAGAAUUCGAAACCGACGAUAACUUCCAAAUUACCCCCGAAGAUUUUACUCAAUUGAAAUCAUCACGUUUUAGGUUGGAAGGAUAUGUAUCCAGUUGUAAUCACGGCGCAGGCCGAUCGUCCAAAGAUCGCCAGUAUUUUUAUAUAAACUCGAGACCAUGUGAUCCAAAGAGUAUAUCAAAAAUUGUGAAUGAGACUUAUCACCGCUACAAUAGUCAUCAAUAUCCAUUUAUAUUUUUAAACAUCGUUACUUCACGAUCGGACGUGGAUGUAAAUCUAACUCCAGAUAAACGGCAGCUAUUGAUUCACAAUGAAAAAAUAUUGACAAUAGCUAUCAAAAAGGCAUUGUUGAGUACCUACGCCAACUUACCAUCUACAUAUAAACUUCAAAACUCUACUAUAGUUAGCAUGCUGGAAAACGACAGAAAAAUUGCACAAAAUGAAGAUGCUGAAGAAAAAGUAAGCAGUGAAGAGCCAAUGGAAAAUAUGCCAAUUAGCAGUUCACAACGAUUUAUGGAUGUAUUGUCACAAUGGAAGAAAACUGGCGAUACAGUAGGCACAGCCCCACAGGUCUCUAAAAAGCGAAAAUAUCCAGAUGAAGUCGAAGUGCGUACGUUAAAGUUAAAGAAAAUACAUGAAUAUUUAGAUAGAGAAAAUCCAAGACAUUGUGAUAUGCCUAAAGAGUUCAGAGUGGAGUCUGAGAGUGAUGAUGACGAAACUAGCCAACCAGCUAAGGCAAAUGUCUCAAAUGUUGUAUUGAAUGAACAGAAAUCAUUUGACAAUAGUUUACUUGACUUACAACGUCUAAACAAAGAAUCUCUAGAAUUUGACUCAUUGACUGAAAAGACUGUGGAGCGCCUAGAUUGUGAAAUUUUAUCUAACAAGCAGGAAUCAUUUUUGUACCUAGACGAGUCGACUAAAGUUGAUAAUAUGGUGGAUUCGAUAAACAAAAAUGUUGAAGUUGAAGAUGUGAAAAGUUCUCAAUUGUCUGCUACAACGACUGUAAUGUUAGAUAAUAGUUUAAUAGAUGUUGAAGCUACUAGCAAGUACUACUCUACUGGAGUUAUGCGUAUUACACUCACAGAAAUCGAGCGCAACAUUAAAGCGGAGGAAAAGUUAAAGGCUGAAUUUAAACAGUCUAAUAAAGCCAAGCUGGAGCGCUUACGUUUCAAAAGUGAAAUUAAUCCCAGCCAAAAUCUAAAAGCAGAAGAAGAAUUACAGCGUGAAAUUAGCAAGGACACUUUUGCCAAAAUGGAAAUUUUAGGUCAAUUUAAUUUAGGUUUCAUCAUUGUGAAAUUGGAUACGGAUCUUUUUAUCAUCGAUCAACACGCCACUGACGAGAAAUAUAACUUUGAAGUGUUGCAACGAACUACGGUUAUGCAAUCACAACCACUGGCUGUACCGCAGCCACUCGAACUGACGGCGGCCAAUGAGAUGCUCUUGCUAGAUCACCUGCCGGUGUUUGAGAAAAACGGCUUCAAAUUUGAAAUCAAUGAAAGUGCACCGCCUACUAAAAGAGUUAAAUUACUGCGUAAACCCUCUAGCCAGCGUUGGGAAUUUGGCAAGGAAGAUAUUGACGAGUUACUCUUCAUGCUUCAGGAUGCUCCCCCAGGAAGUGUGUGCCGACCAUCACGGAUACGCGACAUGUUUGCAUCGCGAGCGUGUCGCAAAUCGGUAAUGAUUGGCAUGGCCUUAAAACGUGCUACAAUGAAGAAAUUAGUUACGCACAUGGGAGAGAUUGAACAACCUUGGGUAAGUCAAACUCAAAAAAGACAAACGUUGAUAUCUUUAACUUAAAAAAAUUAGUUUGUAAUAUAUAAGUAUAAUAAGCAAUGCUUAUUAUAUGCUCAAAUGUAUCUACAUAAGCUUAAGUUUUAAUUAUUUGCCUUCAUGUAUAUUCGAUUUAAAACCAUUCGCCACCAAUUGUACAACAUGCGAUGGAUCGCGCCCUUUUGUUUCCGGUAAAUAGCGUUUGGUCAGUAUGAAAAGCAAAGUGCAGACCAAGGAGAAAGGUAUGAACACCAAAGAGCCCCAUAAUUCUUGUAGUGUUGGAAAGAGCAUGCCCACAAUGAAAUUACAUACCCAAGAGGAAACACUUCCAAGAGCCAUGGCAGCUGGGCGUGGAGCCACUUCGAAGAGUUCUGUAAAAAUAUAAAGUAAACAGAUAUUAGGAUCCAAUGAAAAAUGGAAUGGGACCCAAACCAAACUGGAAGAAGAAAAUAUAAAGAAAUAUGCAAGCGAUGCAACCCAUUGCGAACCAAGGGACAUAGUCCUAAAACGAGAAAAUCAUAAUUAAAUAAGCCGUUCAACUGAACAAGACGAUGUAAUACUCACAAUAAAGUAGAGCAAUAGUGCAAAUGCCAUCAAAGAGACUCCACUAAAAAACGUUGAGAAAAGAAAAAGUGGACGACGAUUGAAGCGGGCCAUUAAAUAUGGCCCAAUUAAU